UUUAAACAACAGGCUGCCUCCUCUCUCAGUGUAGUGCAGUAAGAGUCUGCUUGCACGAACGGCUGCUUGGAUUGAUCAUGCAAGACUGAGAACUGCAAAGAUCUUCAACAUGAUACCUGCAGUUACACUUAACAAUGGAGCAAAGAUGCCUAUUGUGGGUCUGGGAACAUGGAGGGCAGAUCCAGGGAAGGUCACUGAGGCUGUGAAAGAGGCUAUAAGCGUUGGUUACAGACACAUCGAUGGUGCUUAUGUGUACCAGAAUGAACAAGAGGUUGGAGCCGGGGUUCGUGCCAUGAUUGAUCAAGGAGUGGUCAAGAGGGAGGAUCUAUUCAUCGUCAGUAAGCUGUGGUGCACCUUCCACCUUCCAUCUCUGGUGAGGGGAGCAUGUGAGAAGACUCUCAGUGACCUGAAACUGGACUACCUGGACCUCUACCUCAUGCACUUCCCUAUAGGAACCAAGCCAGGUGAUGACAUUUUUCCUGUAGAUGAGCAUGGCCAGGUCAUUUCUGACGGCAGCAACUUCUUGGACACUUGGGAGGUCAUGGAACAGCUGGUGGAUGCUGGGUUGGUCAAGGCCAUCGGCAUCUCUAACUUCAACAAAGAUCAGAUUGACGCCGUACUCAACAAGCCGGGCCUCAAGUACAAGCCCGUCACCAACCAGAUUGAGUGCCACCCGUACCUGACCCAGGAGAAGCUCAUCAACUACUGCCACUCAAAGGGCAUCUCAGUGACGGCCUACAGCCCUCUGGGCUCCCCUGACAGACCCUGGGCUUCAUCUGAUGAACCCUCUCUGCUGGAGGAACCUAAGAUCAAGGCCAUCGCUGAAAAGUACAACAAGACUCCAGCACAAGUUCUCAUCAGGUUCCACAUCCAGAGGAAUGUGAUUGUCAUUGCAAAGUCAAUAACACCCCAUCGGAUCAAGGAAAAUUUCCAGUUGUUUGACUUUGAGUUGAGUGAAGAAGACAUGAAGACCUUGCUGAGCUUGAACAAGAAUUGGAGAGGAUUCACAAUGCAUUGGGCCUCAAAACACAAAGACUUCCCCCUGAACACUGAAUACUAACUCUUCAGAUGACAAACUUUCUCAGUUUCUGCUUUGCAGCCACUUAUUUUCUUCAAAUUCCACAUGUUGUGUUAUUAAAACAACUACCCGAUUAAUGUGCUUAUCAAGACUGAGGCAGAGGCGUGACUUCUAAUUAUUAAGCGUUUGCUGGAGGUUGAGUAUCUCCUGUUUUACUCAAAUAUAAUUGAGAUCACAUGGAAUAAAUGGGAGUGAAAGUGAUCACUAAAAAAUGCUAAGGAACUACUUCAGCGGGCUGAUGGUGUGACAAAGUAAUUUUACAAAGGUCACGUGAUGUUCUGCGCACAGACGUUGGGCGGGUUAUUACACACAAUUUCAAACCAGUUCUGCAAGUUUUUAUUACACUAUGCUAAAUAGGCAGGAGAAAUAUUUUUUAGGAUGUGGACCUGUCACGUAAUCUACAUCCAUGUAGCCUUGAGACUAUAGAAGGCAAAGAGUUGACAGACAAAUGAUAAAUUAGAGCCCAGAAAAACUGGCUAAAAAGACAGUUAGAAAACUUAUAUAUACUAUACUUAUACUUAUAUGUAAAGAUGGCAGUCACAAUUACAAUGUUAUUAUGGUAUAACCCAUUGUAGUGGAAAGCUAACUCACUGUAACAAAAUACAGAUACAGAUACAGUAAAUAAUACUGGUACUCAACCUAAUUUCAGUCCACGUUUAUGCUCGUAGCCCCUUUUUAAUUAUGUAAUUAUAGUGUUUAACCCCUCUACUUAUACAUGCAUCUCUUUUUAUUUUUAAUUCCUUGUGUAAUACACUGACUUUCUGUAUGAAAUUUGCUAUAAAAUAAACCUGCCUAUAAUGUGAA